UUUCAUGCUGGUUUUUCCAGUCUCUUUUUAUGUAAGAUCUGAAUUGGUUGGAUGAUGCGCUUCUGACUUGGAUUAACGCGCGGCGAUAAAGGACGAUUCUGCGCACUUUGGAAAAUUAUGUAAGGUUGUCCGGGCAUCUUAGACUGCAGUAUUACCCUGAGACACAGCCAUGAAAUCUGUGCUGGAUGGUGUGGCGGACACCACCUUCCGGACUAUCACAUCUGGCUUACAGUAUCUGGGCUCCAACGAUGCUAACUACGACGAUCCCAUGAAUAAUGUAGACUUCAAGGGCAGCUUCUCUGUGCAGAAGCCCCUGUCUGCCUUCCGCAGCAACUCCUUCCCGGAUAAAGUACCUGCAGAUGAGGAGCUCAUCCUCAAGGGCAUUCCCUUCUUCCCCACCAACGCCACAGACUUGUUUGGCAACAGGAGCACAAUCAGAGAUGAGACUAACACUAUACAAUGUGGGGAGAACUUUAUGGACAUGGAGUGCUUCAUGAUCUUGACUCCCAGCCAGCAGCUGGCUGUGGCGGUCAUGUCGCUGACUCUGGGUACCUUCACAGUGCUGGAGAAUCUGGUGGUGCUCUGUGUCAUCCUGCAGUCGCGCACGCUCCGCUGCCGGCCGUCCUACCACUUCAUUGGCAGCCUGGCCGUGGCAGACCUGCUGGGCAGCGUCAUCUUUGUCUACAGCUUUUUGGACUUCCAUGUUUUCCACAGGAAGGACAGCCCCAAUGUUUUUCUCUUCAAGCUGGGUGGAGUCACGGCGUCCUUCACGGCGUCGGUCGGGAGUCUUUUCCUCACCGCUAUCGACCGCUACAUCUCCAUUCACCGGCCGCUGGCCUACAGGCGCAUAGUGACCAGGACAAAGGCUGUCAUCGCCUUUUGUAUGAUGUGGACAAUCUCCAUUGUCAUCGCAGUGCUACCCCUGCUGGGCUGGAACUGUAAACGUCUCAAUUCCGUUUGCUCAGACAUAUUCCCUCUCAUUGACGAGAACUACCUGUUGUUCUGGAUCGGGGUGACCAGCGUGCUGGUUCUUUUCAUUAUCUACGCCUACAUAUAUAUCCUGUGGAAAGCACACCACCACGCCGUGCGCAUGCUGAGCCGCGCCUCCCAGAAGAGCCUCGUCGUGUACUCGGCGGACGGGACUAAAGUGCAGACCACACGCCCCGAGCAGGCCCGCAUGGACAUCCGUCUGGCUAAGACCCUGGUGCUCAUCCUGGUGGUGCUGGUCAUCUGCUGGGGCCCUGUGCUCGCCAUCAUGGUGUACGACCUCUUCUGGAGGAUGGACGAUGACAUCAAGACGGUGUUUGCGUUCUGCAGCAUGCUCUGCCUGCUCAACUCCACCGUCAACCCCAUCAUCUACGCCUUGAGGAGCAAAGACUUGCGGCACGCCUUCCUCAGCUCCUGCCACGCCUGCAGGGGCAGCGCCCAGCAGCUGGACAAUAGCCUGGAGUCGGACUGCCAGAAUCGAAAUGCCAACAUCUCCGCCAACAGGGCUGCAGAGAGCUGCGUGAAGACCACUGUGAAAAUAGCCAAAGUUACAAUGUCUGUGUCAACUGAAACUUCUGCAGAAGCUGUCUAAUUAGCUGUCAGGGGAAAGAGAGAGAGAGAGAGAGAGAGAGAGAGAGAGAGAGAGAGAGAAAGAAAAAAAACUGUGUAAAUGUCAUCCUCCUCAAACGAUCCCAUUCCACACACACACACACACACAAAAAAAGCAGAAGUUAGGUAUUCAAAACAAAGUGUUGACUUACACGCUCACAUCAACGCUUUAGUGGUCACAUACUUUUUGUUUGUGUAUGAGCACACGGUGUGCCAAAGUGCCAAAUGGUAAUGCAAGGUCAUAGAAGGACUCACAACCGGAGAGGAUUGUCAAAGACUAUAACAAGUCUACUGUUUACCAUAGACUUCAUGGUAUCCAAUUAGUGAAGGCAUAUUAUAUUUUUGUACUGUGAAUUCAGGUUCUGAAAACAAUAUUUCUUCAUUUACGGGAUAAGGGGCUACUGACAUUUUUAAUUCGAGUUGUUUUUUUCUGUGUCAUUUAGACUUUAACAUGUGUCUUGCACCAUUAAUAUGACAGAUCCUUGCGCCUUGACUUUCUACAGGCUUCAUGUACAUGUUGCAUAUAAACAUUUCUAUAAGCAGGUAGAAAAAUAAGUUAAAGUGACUCUUGAUUGUUUUGGGUUUUUUUAAUAGCCAUUCAACAUGCCACUUUUGUACUUCUUCUGACAACACUCAGUGAGUGGCAAAUGUGUAAAGAGAUUUUUGAGAAGUGAGAGGUGGUUCAUGCUCAAAGAAAAAGACAAACAUUAUCACCAUGACAAAAGAAACUCUAAUUAGUUAGAGGUCAGUAAUAAAUAGACUCACAGCUUGAGUUUGUGAAAUUUGAAAUGGCAUUUUCUGUGGCAGUGAUUGUCCCUGAUGUCCAUUUCUUCACUCGCUAGCUGUAACACCUUCAGUAAUGUGUCUUUGUUCAAAUGUAUACCUUACAACUGUACAGUGUUUUCUUGCAAAAUAAAAUUGUUCGAAAUGACUCACUCAGCUAUACAGCCAAGACAACAACAACAACAACAAUGAUAAUGACAACAAUAACAAGUAUUUGGUCAAAGCUCAAGCAGAUUAAAGCUGAAUCUGGAUGCAGGGUGCUGGUCACUAAUGCAUCAAACUGACUGGGGUUUCUGACGAUAGCUGCUUUCAACAAAUGUAUGAUUUUACUGGCCUUGUAUGUAUGUGAUACGUUGUGAUUUAGUGAUAUAUUUCCAACCCCAAGCCUUUUGAUUCAUUGCUGUGAGUUGUUUUAGUGCUACUGUUGCAGCGGGGCAUCAUUGGGGGAAAACCAAAAGCAACCCAUGCACAGGGCUAGUGAAGUAGUUUUGGCGUAACUCUG